GCGGAGCGAUCCCCGGUGUGCGGUGAAGACCGGCGGCACGAAACUGCGGCGGCGCCCCGUCUUCCCCGUCUGUACCCUCCCCGCGGAGCGCCGGCGCCGCCAUGGGGCUGCAUUCCAACCUCUCGGUGCGAGCAGACUGCAUUGCAGCUAUGGCCCUAGCUGCUGGCACCGCUGUGGUGGGCUACCUAGCUUACAAAAAGUUUUUGGUGAAAGAAAAAGGCUACGGUUCCAUGGUCAACCCCACCAUCCAGAAAGACAACCCCAAGAUUGUUCACGCAUUUGACAUGGAAGACUUGGGAGAGAAAGCUGUGUACUGCCGCUGUUGGAGGUCCAAGAAGUUCCCAUUUUGCGACGGUACCCACACAAAGCACAAUGAAGAAACUGGCGACAACGUGGGACCACUGAUCAUCAAGAAGAAAGAGGCGUAAUCGGUGGACAGUGAUUUGUCUUGAUGUUGCUGAUUGUUUUACAAGGCAUUAUAUUACUUCUGUCCAAUUUCCUUUCCCCCAGGGUUCUCAGUGUGGUUUCUUGUAGGUUAAGGCUUUCAUUUGUGUGCCCUCUGCCUUACUGCUUGUCCAGACACCAUGGUUACACUCACUGUAAAGAAUCCUCCUGGCCUGUGGGUUGUUCUUCUGUCUUGUAGGGAUUGUGUUCAUCGGUUCCUUCAAAUUUCAAAUAAUGACAGGAUAUCCUUGGAUCUGUAUGUUGAUGUUAAUAUAUUAAAUUAUUUUCAAAAUCAUGUAUAUGCAAAUUGUAAUUGCAUGCCACGAGCAGAUUCGUCACAAAGCCUCUUCCAAAAAGAAGACAGUUUCUUUGUUUAAAACUAAGAAUGACUGACCUGGCUGGUUGAGAAUUUGACUUGUUACUCAGUGCACAAUAGAUGAGGAAAUAGAAUGUUUGAAAUGUAUUUGCAGAGUUUAUGAUCCAAAGGAAAUCUCCAUUUGGGGGGUUGUCAGUUGUGAAUUUUAUUAAUAUUUGCAUAUCAAUUGGACUAUCAUCAGGGAAUGGAGAGACAGAUUUGGGGUGAUUUAGUUCAUGUCCUUGCUGUCUUCAUCUCAGAUAAAUACUUCAUUAAUAAAUUUGGGAGACAGAAACCAAUCCUGGAAAUGUUUAUCCAAGAGCCAUUACAUGCAAAAUAGCUGAAUAAGCAGUAAGAUCCCUCGAAAUGUUGAGACGUGGGUUCUUUGCCCACAAGCUGAUGUUGAAAACUAGUCAGGCAGGACAGUAUUUAGUGUUUCAUAAUGUGCUUCCGUGUUGGAAAGAGUAGUUAGAACAGAGCAGUUCAAAGGUCCUUGCCACUAGGAAUGGGGGGAGCAAGCAUCUGGAUAAUUGAGGGGGAGUUUUCAUUGCUUUAUUGAUGCUUUUUUAAAAUAUCAUUGUCAUUCAGUGAUGCACACCCCACCCCCAUUAGAACCCUCCCUUGUAACACAUAGGUAGUCAGGUCAAACAAGUCAGUAACUUUGCCACAUGUGACAGUGUAUGCCUCAUUCCAUACCUGUAGUCUACCCCUGCUCUGCCGAGAAGUGGAAGGCAUGUUUCACAUCUGGCUGAUGUUAAGGAAUUUUAUUUGAAGAGGAAAGUAGGAAUUAAGUCAUGUUUUUCCAAACUGAAUGUUCUUUUUUUUCUUAAUUUAAAAAAGGCAUAAACUCAAAACACUAAGAGGUUAUGUUUUUGUGACGUAGACCAAAGACAAGCAUUUCUGAUUCAUGGAGGGGAAGAAGAGAAAAUAUAAAAACUGAAAGUAGCUGGUAGUAAUAGAAGGGUUAAAACUAGUUCUUAUGUAUCUUAAAUAACACAGGUGGGGUUUGGAGUUUUUACCAAAGGUUAAAGGGUAGAAAAGAUGAGAAUUUUCUGCAUCAGUGCAUUUAAAUAAAGAAAUUAGGAGUGUAUUGAUGCUGUUAGUUUAAGGGGUUUAUGAAGAUGCCACAUUUGAAAUAUAGGUGUUUGAAGACAGGAGAAAGACAAGUUUCAUAUAGGCCCUGGUUGUUCAGAAAACAUGCUAAUUCCAAAUGUCAGAACUCACUUGAACUGACCAAGUCCAUGAUAGAAGCAGAAAGUGACCUUUAUCCUUUCCUCCUGGUAGAGUUAAAUCCUUAAGAAGCGACAUAUUUCUCUGUGAUUUGAAAGUGUAUUAGGUUGAUAUUUGCUAAGACCCAAUGAAUGGCUAGCUCACCACCAUGAAUACUUUGAUGAAGACAGAUGUCCCUGUGCUGCUCCCUCUGUAACUAAUAGAAGACAUACUGUACAGACUGCAAUAUUUAUGACCAUCUUUAUCUAGUAGAUAUCUUCAAACAUAGUCUGCAUAACAUGUGGAAUUGCAGUAUAGCUUCCCAUAACACUUUCUGCAUGAGUUGGGUUUUCUUGAUUCAUUUUGUGUUUUUCCUAGAAGUGAGUAGGUUCAUUAGAAGCAGCAGUGGUUUUUAAAAGGCUAAGUACCAUUCUUUAAUCAGAAAACCUCAUGCAGGAAAUCAGCUUUUCUUGGAUUAAACCUUCAAAUUAUUACCAAACAUACAUGCCUAAACUGGGUGUAGAGUAACUCAUUUCACCUUGGUUUUAAAUUGGAAAUGUCCUUCACUGUGACUUUGGUGAGACAGGCAUUUUUACAGUUUUGCUGAAGAAUGAUUCCAUAGUAGUUCUCAGAAUACCUGUUGAGCAGCAGGAUGAGGGCUUUUUAUCUGAUCUGGAUCACAGGUUUUUGAUAGUAGCAAUAUAAUAUGCUUAAAUGUAUUUUCAAGGGUGUGUUCACAUUUUGUACAAGAUUUUGAACUAAAGUUGCUUCAUUCUGUGAAA